CUUUCCUCUUCGCCAUCCUUCUCUGGCUCUGUGCUGUGCUCUCCGCGCUGCUCUCUGUGGCCCCUUCAAAUACUUCAUCCUUGACGCUAACGGUGGAUUCAUGCUUAGAUCUCAUUCUCUCGGGUCGCGAUGCAGAACAACCACAAGGAACAUCUUUAUAAGAUCCUUGUAAUCGGGGACCUUGGGGUCGGCAAGACCAGCAUCAUCAAACGGUAUGUACAUCAUAACUUCAGCCCCAACUAUCGCGCCACAAUUGGAGUGGACUUCGCCCUCAAAGUGCUCAACUGGGACCAGGAGACCGUGCGCCUUCAGCUCUGGGACAUCGCAGGUCAGGAGAGGUUUGGCAACAUGACCCGUGUGUACUACCGUGAGGCCAUGGGAGCCUUCAUCGUGUUUGACGUCACCAGACCUGCCUCCUUCGACGCUGUCACCAAAUGGAAGGAAGACUUGGAUUCCAAACUGACACUUGCCAAUGGGAAACAUGUAGCCACUGUGCUUUUGGCCAACAAAUGUGACCAGGGCCGUGAUGUGUUGACUAACAAUGGGAUAAAGAUGGAGCAGUUUUGCCAGGAGAAUGGCUUCGUUGGUUGGUUCGAGACCUCUGCCAAGGAAAACAUAAACAUUGACGAGGCAGCGAACUGCUUGGUGAAACACAUCAUUGCGAGCGAGAAAGACAUGCUCCAAUCAGAAGUCCCCGAUACGGUCACGCCUCAGCUGGAGAAGGACAGAGGAGGAACGUGCUCUGCCUGCUUCCGCUCCCAGUAAACACUCACCAAACGCGGAUGUCCUUUUGUAUCUCAUUAUGGUCAGCCAGCAAGACACCGAGGCACAAUGGACUCUGGCAGCUUUUAAUGAAGAGAAGAAGUGUGCCAAUGCCCCAGCGUCAGGAAUGACAGGAAGUCAAUGGACUCAAAAAUUAGAUGGACUGAAGAGACCAAAUGUGUAGAUAUAUAUGGACAAGUACAGAUGGGUGCUUGUCAAGGCAAGGUCAACUUUGGAGCAGGCUUUGACAGCAUUGUGGAGACAGCUAAUAAUGACAUGCCAUCCUUUUAGUGCACACAAAGACCACAUUUUCUAUAUCCAUGUAGAUUUCUUUCAAAUAGCA